GACAACCAAUACAUUUCUCGAUUUUUGACCUCAUUCAGAAUGUCUAAUACCUCGUUUUGGGAUACAUUUUUGUACUCGGAAUUUUCCACUCCCAGCACUAGAACCGUAUCAGCUGUCAUGCUCAUUUUGGUUUGCACCGUCCGCUCAACAAUUAACGUUUUGAUUUUCAUCUCCACACUUCUUCGGAUCUCAAAGCGAGAUGGGUUUCUGAAAAUUUGUUGUUUCAAUAGUUUUGGGAGCAGUAUAGUUUGCAUUGGAUAUUUGGCUUUUCCGGUUCCACGCCUCUUAAUGGACGGCUACCCAAAUCACUGGCUCAACGCAGUAAUGGGACAACUUAUCGGUUGGUUUGGAUGGAGCAUAGGCCCUCUAUCACAGAUUCUAUUGGCCACCAAUCGAAUAACCGCUGUCUAUUUUCCAAUUUGGCAUAUGAAAAAGUAUCGUUUUAACCCAACAAAUAUCGGAAUCGGUGUGGCACUACUUAUCGCGAUAUUUUCAUUUGCUGUGCUACUUCCAGAAGGUUGUCACUACAUAUUCGACCGUGACUAUCUUGGAUGGAUUGGUGAAGUGGAACCGUGCGGAAAAAUGACUCAGAAGACAUUUGUCAUUAUCAUGGUUGGUGUUACUGCUGUGACUACUUUUUGCAGUGUGCUUCUGUUUAUCAAGUUGGUUUUGUAUUCGCGCGACCCUCAUGUUUCCAACGCACAACUAGCGUAUCGACACAAGAAAAAUAGACGAUUGAUAAUUCAAGCUAUUGUGCAAAGUAUCCUCAUUAUAAUCGACUCACUUAACUCUUCAAUCACUUACAAUAUGUUUCCAAAUUUAAUUUUUCAAUUUAUCACUCUCUCGUUUUCGAUGGUGUUUUUAAGAACCGUGGAAGGAUUUGUGGUGUUUUCUAUCAAUAACUCCAUUAACGCCGCAGUGAAAAAAAUGAUAGGGAUUAAAACAUUGGUUCAAAUUGGGAAAAAAUGUUUUGUUGCAAAAAAUUCAAACUCAACGGGACCGCAGAGGCGGUAUCAUUUGAAUGUUUUCGGAUUAUUGUUUUUUUUUUCUUAA